CAGCUCUAGCAUCUAGAGAAAGAAUGCAAAUCUGAAUUCUAAGUUGCACUUGCAUCCUUUUCCUAUGUCACUGUGCAUGGGACACAGAAUUGGGUAAUCACGAAAUCCCUUUCUUCUUCUUCUCCCACACAAAAUCCCUUCAAUGCUCCACUUUUCAACGCUCCGAAUUCCCAUUCCCAUUUCUAGGUACUGUAUCACCUCAAUUUCCUCAUUCUCUUCCUUCGUUCUUCUCAAUUCAACCUCCAUUGCUCAUAAUUUCCUUUGCUGAAGACACCCCCACUUCGUGAUUCACUUUUUCGGAGCUCAAUCUAGCUCUUGCAGAUCUUGGGUUUCACCCCAAACUUCGUGUGAAUCUUGAAUUCCAAUGAAAUAAAUAAUCUUUCUUUUUUUUGUUAUUAUUAUUAUUAUGAACACCCAAAUGGAGAUUUCCAGUGGAGGUUGUUCUCCUAGGAUUAGGUCUGAAUAUUCAAGAAAAGAGGGAUCCGAGGGAACCCCUUUUCAGCACAUGGAACUCUCUGAUCGUGAUCGCAAUUUCCAAGUCCAAUCGAUGAACGCUUUGGAAAUUCUGAGAGAAACCGUCAGGAUCCUUAGGUUCAAUUCGUGGGGUUUCAUGGCAAUCGCUUUUAUGCUUAUUUGUCCUGUUUCUGCUGUGCUUUUAUCUAAUGUAAUAGUGGAUGAGUCUAUUGUCAAGAAUCUGUCCAUCAGACUUAUGUUGGUUGCACAGACUAGUGGUCUCCCUCUCAGACCAAUCAUCAAACAGUCUUGUCAGCGGUUCGCGGAGACCGUGGUUUCAUCGGCCAUGUGCUUUCCUUUCUAUGCUACGUUGUUGUUGUUGUCAAAGGCUGCGGUCGUCUACUCCGUAGAUUGUACUUAUUCGAGGAAGAAGUUCGAUGCUUCCAAGUUUUGUGUGAUUGUUGCCAAGUUUUGGAGGAAGAUCCUGUUCACAUAUAUGUGGGUGUGUACGGUUAUAGUUUGCUGCAUUACAUUGUUCUGUGUUUUCCUUGUUGCGUUCUGCAGUGCUUUGGCUGUUCUUGGGUUUUUACCAGAUGUUGUUGUGUAUUGUGCAAUGCUGGUUGGGCUGGUUUUCUCGGUUGUCUUUGCCAAUGCCAUAAUCAUCUGCAACAUUGCGAUGGUGAUCUCGGUGUUGGAGGAUGUUUCGGGAGCGCAGGCUAUGCUUCGGUCAAGUAUUUUGAUCAAGGGUCAGACGCAGGUGGGUCUGCUGAUAUUUCUCGGAUCAACGAUAGGAAUGGCCUUUGUGGAGGGCUUGUUUGAGCACAGAGUAAAGACACUGAGCUAUGGUGAUGGAUCUUCGAGAGUGUGGGAAGGGCCGCUCUUGGUGGUAAUGUAUUCAUUUGUGGUGCUUAUAGAUUCCAUGAUGAGUGCAGUUUUCUAUUUCAGUUGUAGAUCUUCUAACAUGGAGAUCUCAGAUGUUGAAGGCAAGUCAAUUUUAGAAACUAUGGCCAUUUCUGCUGAAUCAAUGGGCAUUCAAUGACAUUGCCGGCAUGAUAUUGACUGUAUGCCGAUUGAAUGAAUAAGAUGCAGAGGGACGCUGUAAGAGAUUGUUCCCAGAAAAUUGUGUUGCCAUUGAGGAUCCUUGCAAGUUGCAACAAUUCUUCUUCUGAGCAUUGAAUAGGAGAGCUAUGUAGAUUGAAUGACUUUGGAUGGCUUUUACCUUGAUGAGCUUGCUCAUUUCAGCGUACGGAAAUUGCUUCUUUUAGUUAUAUUACAAACACGGAGAAACAUUAAGCGGGAUAGUCAAUGUAUUUGUUUUUGGAGUGUCAGUGGAAAAGCUAAUAUUUUAUAGACAAAUGGAAGAAAUUAAUUUAAAUUGAACCACAUUUCUAUUGUUCCCUUGUGAUACACAGUUUGAUCUUUAGUUUCAAACAUCAAUGAACUACAAUUAGCUUAUUUAGACCGAUAUGCUCAUCUCUAAAAUCUUUACUAUUUGAGAAAGAUGUGAAAGGUGAGUCUAUCAAAUUCAGUUCUUAUAUCUGUCUCUGUCUUUUACAAAUAUCUCCUGAUGCUUAAAAGUAUAUUUCUUUCUUUGUUAUAAAAUGGUUAGGGGUCUUUCAAGGCUAAGGCAUGCGACAAGCCUCACUGAGAGAUCUUAGGUUGGUAUGUAUAAAUCUGUCUACUAAGGGAAAGUACUUGCUGUGAUGUUUGAAAGUUUGUUUUCUAA